CCAAUCAUAAAAAUAAGAUGGUUUUAGAAGGGAAGGGCAAAUGCAAGAAACAGAAAAGGCCCCAGAAGCGGGAGAAGCCGGAGCAGGGCCUUGGAGAGAACGUGGCCGGGGAUUAUCUGGUGGGACAAGUCGCUGACAGCUUAUUCCCAGGCCAGCCUCCUUCCAAAGGCAGCAGCACUGGGCGCCUGGCGACCCUCUUCAGCAGCUGGGAGCCUCAGCUUCAGCCCAUUUACGUGCCCGUGCCUAAAGAAAAGACCUGCCAAAAGAAACAGGAUGAGAAGGAAGAAAAUACAUCCCCAAAUCAAAAACCACAUUUGCAGGAACCUACCCAGAAAGUAAAAGUGAAGAAGAAACUUUCUAAUGCAGACAAAAAAUUGGCCAACAGAGAAAAUGCUCUAGCAAAUGCUGAUUUAGAAGAAGAAUUUAACCAGAAAAGGGGACAGAAAAGGAAAACCUCUCAAUCGGGUAUUAAAGUAACAGAUGAAGAGGUACAUGACGAUGCAGAGCAAACAGUUGUAAAUCAAAGAAAGAAAAUUAAAAUCAACCAAGAAGAGGAGAAAUUAAAGAAUGAGAGAACAAUUUUUGUUGGAAAUUUGCCUGUCACGUUUAAUAAAAAGAAGCUGAAGUCACUUUUUAAAGAGUAUGGACAAAUAGAAUCUGUACGAUUUCGUUCUCUGAUUCCAGCAGAGGGAAUGAUUUCCAAAAAGUUGGCAGCAAUAAAACGUAAAAUUCAUCCUGAUCAGAAAAAUAUCCACGCUUAUGUUGUUUUUAAGGAUGAGAGUUCUGCUGCAAAAGCAUUGAAAAGAAAUGGAGCCCAAAUUGCAGAUGGAUUUCGUAUCAGAGUGGAUUUAGCAUCUGAAACCUCAUCUAGAGACAAGAGAUCAGUAUUUGUGGGGAAUCUUCCAUACAAAGUUGAAGAAUCUACCGUUGAAGAGCACUUUUUGGAUUGUGGCAGCAUUGUUGCUGUAAGGAUCGUGAGAGACAAAGUCACAGGAGUCGGCAGAGGGUUUGGCUAUGUGCUCUUUGAGAAUACAGAUGCUGUGCACCUUGCUCUGAAAUUAAAUAAUUCUGAACUGAUGGGAAGAAAACUCAGAGUCAUGCGUUCUGUUAAUAAGGAAAAAGUAAAACAAGAUUCAAAUCACAAUUUGAAAAAUGUCAGUAAACCUAAGCAGGGUUUGAAUUUUACUUCAAAAGAUAAGAGACACCCUAAAGGUUUGUUUAUUGGAGAAAAAGCUGUUCCUACUAAGAAGAAAAAGAAAGGACAGAAGAAAAGUGGACAAGUUAAGAAACAGUCAAAACAGAAAUAGGCAGAAGGUUUUUCAUCCUGCGUAUUAGUAAUUAAAGUGUAUAAAGUCCUGUGUGGAAUUUCAGAAAUUUGUAUGGAUAGUAUCUGUAAAAAUUUGUAAGUUUGUAACUGUACCUUUGCUUUUGGAGCAUUAAAAGUAUGCAGAUCAGUA